AUGUCCUCGUUCAAUCUCCAGUAUACGUCUGUGAACGACUUCAUCGAGAAGUGCGUCCUUUCCCGAGACCCACAUCAGCCUGAGUUUACGCAGGCUGUUCGAGAGGUGAUGACGUCUCUGUGGCCGUUCCUGCAGAAGAACCCCAAGUACGCUAAAGAUGGCCUGCUGGAGCGCCUUGUGGAGCCAGAGCGCUUGAUUCAGUUCCGCGUGCCGUGGGUGGAUGACAAAGGUGUCACCCACGUUAACCGCGCCUUCCGCGUUCAGUUCAACUCGGCCAUUGGCCCCUACAAGGGCGGCAUGCGCUUUCACCCCUCUGUCAACCUCUCUAUUCUGAAGUUCCUCGCCUUCGAGCAAACCUUUAAGAACUCACUGACAACACUGCCCAUGGGUGGCGGCAAGGGUGGGUCUGACUUUGACCCCAAGGGCAAGAGCGACCAGGAGGUGAUGCGCUUCUGCCAGUCGCUCGUCACGGAACUCUACCGCCACAUCGGCGCUGACACCGACGUGCCGGCUGGCGACAUCGGCGUCGGUAGUCGCGAAGUGGGCUACAUGAACGGCAUGUACUGGAAGCUACGGAACACGAACGAGUGCACCUUUACUGGCAAGGGCCUCUCCUACCAGGGCAGUGAGAUCCGCCCUGAGGCUACGGGGUACGGCCUCGUGUACUUUGCGCAGGCGAUGCUGGAGCGCGUCAACGACUCUCUCAAUGGCAAGACGGUCCUCGUGUCGGGCUCCGGCAAUGUUGCGCAGUACACCAUCAUGAAGUGUAUUGAGCUCAACGCUAGGGUGGUAACAGCCUCCGACUCGAAGGGCUACAUCCACGAUCCAUGCGGCUUCGACAAGGAGAAGUUAGUGAAGCUGAUGAGGGUGAAAAAUGAGUGUCGUGGUACGUUGGAGGAAUACGCGAAGGAGGUAGGAGUCAGUUACGUGCCAGGAAAGCGCCCGUGGUGCGUCAAGGCCGACAUCGCCCUGCCGUGCGCCACGCAGAAUGAGAUCGAGGCAGCCGACGCCAAAACGAUGGUGGCGAACGGCGUGAAGUUAGUCGCUGAGGGUGCAAACAUGCCGACGACGGAAGAGGCUACGGAGGUCUUACAGAAGGCAGGCGUGAUGUUCGCCCCUGGCAAGGCCUCCAACGCUGGUGGCGUGGCCAUCUCCGGACUUGAAAUGUCACAGAACGCGGCUCGCCUGGCAUGGUGUGCCGAAGAGGUCGACAGCCGUCUGCACGACAUCAUGUCCAGCAUCCAUGCCUCGUGCGUGAAGUACGGCGAGCAGGAUGGCAAGGUUAACUACGUGAACGGCGCCAACAUCGCUGGGUUCGUGAAGGUAGCGGAUGCCAUGCUGGCUCUCGGCAUCGUGUAG